AUGGAAAGGCUCAUCUCAGCCCUGCAGACCCAGGGAGCUGAGCAGGAUGCCUGCUCCUGGCGGCAGCUGGCCCAGGUGUGGAGCCAGGGAGGUAAACGUCCUGCGGUGAACACCCUCCUGGUGACGGCCCCGGGGGUCAAGCAGGGCCGGGCCAGGGAAGGCGAGGGGCCAGGAAAUGCCAUCCCCGCUCGGGGAGCCCCUGCCAUGUCGUCCCAGGAGCCCCCGGAGGGCAGCCCCUCUCCCCACUUCCUCGGCUCACUGGCUUCCCUCCCGAGCAACAUGGCCGCCCGGGAGGGACCACCUGCCGCAUCCGGGGACGCAGACGCGGUGGCUGCUGGUCCUUCGUGGGCCGGGUAG